AUGGCGUCGUCCGCCAAGAACUACAUCCAGCUGGCCAAGUCGCUGCCCGAGCCCCUGCAGCGCUUUUUCGCCCGCUGGCCCCCAGCUGCCAUCGUCCCCGAGGGGACUCCAAAAACCCUUUAUCAAGAGCGACGAGCGAAUCCCUUCGAGUUCUUCAAGAACCCUGCCACCGGAAAGAUGCAGGACCCCGUUUAUUCGAACCGUCGGCAGGCCCAGCUUGUCAAGAUGGCUCGCGAGCAUGGCGUUGAGCACCUGCUACCCGAGUCCAAGAAGGGAACCGCGUACCGCCUGGCUUACCGUGUGGAACACGGAUUGAGAGUCAAGGGUACUGGUGUUGGCCAAUCCGUCAAGGGGCACAUCCACGAAAGACACAUGAUCGCCAAGAUGGAAGCCAGGAGAAAGGCCAUGUUGGAGAUGCCCAAGCUCAUCAAGACGUGGAAGAGGGUAAGUUUGAUAUCAGCCAGCCUCGCAGCUCGGGGAGAAAUGGAGGAAAUCAAGACACCCGCCGCGGUGUCCCACUACCAGGUCCUCAACCUCACCCAGUCCCUCGUCGACUCACACCACAACCCAUCAACGCUCAUCAAGCGAGCCUACCACCGCGCGCUCCUCCAGAACCACCCAGACAAGGCGGCCCGGUCCCCGGCAUCGUCAUCCACAUUCUACUCCGUCGACCAGAUCACGGCCGCCUACACGGUGCUCUCCUCCCCAAGGGACCGCGCCGCCUACGACGCCUCCGCCCGGCUGUUGUCGCAGCAGCAGCACGGCGGCGGCCACGACGACCCGACGUCGGUCCAGUUUCGCACCGGGGUGGAGAACGUCGACCUCGACGACCUGCCCUUCGACGAGGGCGAGGAUGUGUGGUACCGGAGCUGCAGGUGCGGCAACGACCGGGGCUACGUCUUCGGCGAGGACGACCUGGAAGAGGUAGGGGGCGAGGGGGAGCUCAUGGUCGGCUGUCUGGACUGUAGUCUCUGGUUAAACGUUCAUUUUGCGCAGGUCGACAACGAUGAUACCGCUGGAACCUACAGGCCAUGGCCCCUUGAACUUCCCAAACGUGCUAGCACCGUCGUAGGAGACUCACCCUCCUCUGUAAACAAGUUCCUUAUU